AUGGCUGCACUCGCUUCCAAGCAGCAGUCGCUCAAGAUCUUUGAGAAAUUGAAGACUAAGCCUGCGAACAAGAUCUGCUUCGAUUGCGGCGCCAAGUACCCGACAUGGACCUCAGUUCCCUUUGGCAUCUACCUCUGCCUCGACUGCUCGUCUAACCACCGAAACCUCGGUGUCCAUAUCUCCUUCGUCCGAUCCACCAACCUCGACCAAUGGCAGUGGGAUCAGCUGCGUGUGAUGAAGGUUGGCGGCAAUGAGUCAGCUACCAAGUUCUUCCAGCAGAAUGGAGGUACUGCUGCCCUCAACAGCAAGGACCCCAAGACCAAGUACCAAUCCAGCGCUGCCACCAAGUACAAGGACGAGCUGAAGCGCCGCGCGGCAAGAGACGCUCAAGAAUACCCCGGCGAGGUUGUCAUCACCGACGCUACCGACGCCGAUACCUCUACUCCCGCUGGCGAGCCUGACGAUGACUUCUUCUCUUCCUGGGAUAAGCCCUCUAUCAAGAAGCCUACGCCCCCGAUUUCUCGCACUUCCACUCCUCCGACCGUCGGCCGAACCGCCUCUCCCUUCCUCAACGCCAACAACGGUGCCGGCAAGGAUAUUGCACGAUCCUCCUCGCCCCUGUCCAAAACGGAAGGCGAUAACAAGCCCACUACCGGCCGCGUAACCACCUCUGCUGCCCUGCGCAAGACUACGACCUCCACGGGACCCCGUAAGGCCAACAUCUUGGGAGCCAAGAAGGCCCCCAAGCUUGGAGUCAAGAAGGUCACGGCUGAUAUCAUCGACUUCGACGAGGCUGAGAAGAAGGCCAAGGAAGAGGCGGAGCGCAUCGAGAAGCUGGGCUAUGACCCUGAGGCUGAGGAGGAGAAGAAAGCCGCCAAGGUGGAUGCUGUCGCGGCUCCUACCCCUGCUGCUCCCUCGGGUGGAUACGGAUCAUCCAGCCAUACCCGUCAAAAGUCUGACGCCGAGAUGGAGCGUUUGGGCAUGGGUGUUCGCAAGUUGGGCUUCGGCAUGGUUGGUGGAGCCAAGGGUGCCGCCGCAGCGCCCAAGAAGGCCGGAACUGGUGGAUUCGGCUCCGUUGGCCCCAUCAAGGCUAAGACUGAGGAUGAGAGCGAGAACUACGCACGCAGCAAGUUUGGCGCCCAGAAGGGAAUCUCCUCUGAUGAGUUCUUCGGCAAGGGCUCCUUCGACCCCAACCAACAGGCCGAGGCGAAGACUCGUCUGCAAGGUUUCGAGGGCGCUACCUCCAUCUCGUCCAACGCAUACUUUGGCCGCCCCGAGGAUGAGCCGCAAGAGGAAUACGGCGACCUCGAGGGCGCCGCCAAGGACUUCAUUCGUAGAUUCGGUAUUACCGCAGGCGACGAUUUGGAGAACCUUGGUCAGCUGGCCGGCGAGGCCAGCCAGAAGCUGCAGGGUGCCAUCCGCGCCUACCUCGGAAGCUGA